AAACUGUUACACUUUGUCACUAAGAUAACGAAGAGAUUGGACAUGCAUCACCUGGAAAAAGUGUAUGGCGUCAUUAUUCAGUGCAUUUACAAUCAUCGAGAAGACUACGACAAAACCGAUUUGGUGGAGGAAAUUAAGAAAGAAAUCUCAGCCUUCUGGUCCGACACGUAGUACAAUUUAGUCAAUAGUGUCUCAUAUAGGUAUAUAAAAUUUCAUAUAUAGGUAUUUUAAGAUAUUUUAAACAAAUUUGUUUAUUUGACCUUUCUUCAAUAUACUUAAGUACUUUUAUUUGAUAUUUUUGUUCUAUAUCUGUAGCUCUCUAUUUAUUAUCCUAUACAUGCAUAUAUAUGUGUAUGUAUAUAGCAUGAUAAAUAGCAAGCUUGGCAGAAGGAAUGGAAUAUACAGAGUCUCCUGAAAUCACAGGACAUGACUUUCAUUUCCAUUACACAACACCUUAAUUUUCCAUCUUCUUUUUAUCGGAGCUACUGCUGACAGUGCCUGUGUAACACUGUAGAUUUGAACGUCUUUCGGAUACUGCCAAUACCUCUUUUUAAAAGAAAAUGACUGAAAACUGGAUAGACUUUUAACGGACUUUGUCAGCUCUUCAGAAUAUAUUUGUCUGAAGUAACCUGUGGUGCUCCGUAUUCCACUGGACGCUACAUAAAUGUCUUAAAAGAAACCUAUAUAUGAAAUGCAAAUCGUUCAGAAACCUCCUAUUGCAGUUUAGUGCAGGAGGUAUUUUUAUGUCCUAUAAAAACUUGUAAACCUCCUUGACCUUAGUGCAGGAGGUAUCUAUUUUUAUAAUUUACUGAUAGCACCUUAAAGGGCUUUCAUAGUAUUAACAUGCUAGAGAAAGUAUGUGGGAGAAACACUUUCCACAAACACAAGGUUUUUGCCUAUUAAAAGUAAACGACACAAACUGAAGCAAAGCAAGAUUUGCUUAUUGCAACUUUCUAGUGCAAAGCUAAGUCUUGCUUCUAACAAUGACAGUGUUGCUGAUACCAGAGAAUGCCAUUUUAAUACGAAAAACUAGUUACAAGAAAGCCUUAUAGUUGAAUAAAAUGUUUUCUACUGACCUGGAGAUAAUUAUAGAUAUUUAUUUUCAUAAAAAUGAAUAUAUUGCUGGUGAUAAAUAUAUUUAAAUAAACAGAAAGCAAUAUUCUGUUUGAAGGAUACCUCUUCAACCCAGCAGAGAAAAAUUUCUCUGAAUUUCACAGAUAUUUAAGUUAAGGCAGGAAAGGUUUAAUUUUUUUGAAAAUAAGAUUCUGUAUCAGCUGUGCUAAAAUACACAGCAGGAUAUGUUGCUGUUGUGUUGUCACAUCUCGUACACAACACCUAGUGAAGGUGAAUACCUAACUGUGCAAUCUCUAUGUCUGUUUUUCUUAAGAAAAAAGAAACACACGUGUAGCUUUUUAGCAUCUGUCCCAAUAUCAGUGUAGUAUUAAGAAUUUUUUCUUUCAUGUGUAUUGUUUGGCUAUGUAAUAAUAAAAAGUGAGCCACCAUC